AUGUCAAAUCCAUUUGCUCAACAUAAUCAAUCACAAGGACCUCGUUUUGGAAAUGCGUACGAAAAUGAUCUACCUCCCAUGAGUUCAACAGGUUACAAUAAUGCAUGGGAAGAGUCCAACAAGACAGAAUACACAGCACCCAUGCCUGAACCCAUUCACACUACAGAUGCACCACCUCUCCACCAGCAACCGCAGCCGCAGCCGCAGCAGCAGAGUGCUUACAAAUUCACUGGCACUCCUUAUGCCAAUCAAGAGCAUCAGUAUACACCUGUGGCUACGCACGAAAAUGCAAAACCUAGUGUGGGCCCAAAGCCAUGGAAUGGAGAAACAUACCAGCCGCCUCAUCAAGGUCUUUUCUGGAUUCGAUUUAUUUUAUUGUGGGCGAGCGUGGGUCAUCUAGGUUUUGCUGCUGGUGCCAGACCUGUAACCUAUUUUUAUAUCGAAUUCAAGAAGAAAAAAAUGGCUGCCUUAUCGAUUCUUUGGUCGUGUUUUCUCGUACUUCAUUACUUUUACAGACGAGUGGCUAAAAAAUCCCAAAUCAACAGACCUGCCUUAUUUUUGAUUGAUUUUUUCAUGGUUGCCAUGUGGGGCGUGGGUGUCAUUGUAGAGGUCGUCAUGUUUCGCUGCACGGAUGGAAGCAAAUUUUGUCAGUUUUACGAUGUCAGCCUCUUUUUUGGUUGGGUUGCAUUUAUAGGCUAUAUUGUGGCCUUGCUCUUUGAUAUCUUUACCGAAUGUUGUCGUAAAAGAAGAUAAUUUUAAAAAUAAAAAAGCAUGUGUUUCCCUCAGUUGAGUGGACUAAACAGCAGCUGAUUUUUCUUUUUAUAACUCGUGAAUGAGUACAUUGUAAUAUCUGCUUGUUUCGAAUUAAAGUGUGUUCCUUGAUCUGCU